AUGGGAAUUCCGUACCCAUUCUACGUGGACCAGCCUGGCACACUUGAAGCCGAAAUGUACCAUCAUCCUACUACUGCUGCUACUACUGCUACUACAAGCUGCCGUCAACAACUCAACACAGAAGAGGGAAAAGUGGUUCGAUCCUUCAUCUGUAACGAAUGUCAUACGCCGAUUCUGGUUUGUGCCUAUAAUCAGAAUUUCGAUAACCAAAACCCUAACGUAAGCGAUUUCCUGUUUGUAAAUGUUAAACCAGAAGAUCAUCUAGAGGUCCUCAACCAACAAAUUGUCGUCAACAACAUGUUCUGCUGCACUUGCAAUAGUUUCGUGGGGUUCAGAAUUAUCAACUUUAUUCCCGUACAGCCCAAGCUCAUAGAAUACGAAGUACCCAAAAUAGCGCAGGACUCGAACUCACAACCUUCGGACGAUGUACCAGAUAUAGAUCUUAUUCGAUUCAAGAACAAACUCAUUAAUAUAGAAAACGACCUAACGAUCAAAUCCCAACGCCUUAAUUAUUUGCAUUUUUUGAAAGCCAAUGAAAAACUCAUAGGGCGCUAUUAUCUUGCAUUAUCGCGAGUCAAGUUAACCGAUAUUCGGUAUGGAACUAUUCAGGCAGACUAG